AUGGAUCAUAAAGGAAAAUGGAUUGUUUUGAGCCUUGUUUUACUGUCAUUCCAAGCACACGCCAUUGUCCCCUACGGCCGCUCAUUGUGGGACAUAAUGUUACCCCAAGAAGAUCCUUUCAAGAUCCUUGAACACUCUCCACUCACCAUUCCAAAAGGUGCCAUUGAUCAUCAGUCCCUCGCACUGGCACGCACAGACUGGAAAGAAACACCAGCAGCCCACAUAAUCUCCCUCGACAUUCCCGGAAUGAAGAAGGAGGAUGUCAAGAUUGAGAUUGAAGAGAAUAGGGUGCUCAGAGUUAGCGGUGAGAGGAAGACGGAGGAGGAAGCGAAAGAUGACAAAUGGCACAGGGCGGAGAGAUCCACAGGGAAGUUCUGGAGGCGGUUUAGAUUGCCGAUGAAUGCUGAUUUGGAUAAAGUAAAGGCGCAGUUGGAGAAUGGAGUGCUGAGGAUUACUGUGCCUAAAUUGGCUGAGGAAAAGAAAAGGGAGCCUAAAGUGAUUAGCAUUGUGGAGGAGGCUGGUGGUUCUGGGGAGGACAUUAAGGCCACCAAAGCUGAAAUCAAGAAUUGA